AUGGCCGUCUCCCAAAUCGAAGAAAAGAUUCUAGGUCGUCUUGCAAAGGACAGCCUCCCAUUGAAUGAAGGCCUUGCUACCUCCCUCUACCAGGUGCUCGGCCUCUCAAUUAUGCUGUCCAAGAAGCUUCUCAAAGCACGUCGGUAUCGAAGAUUGGACACGAAUCGCAACACCAAGUCUCUACAGCUAUAUCACCACAUCAUCUGGUUGACGCGGGAGGGGCUCUUGAUCACUGAACAAAACAUUCUGCCAUAUUGUCAGAGUGGCCAGUACGGUGGUGAAUGCCGCGUAAUGGCGGCCAAGCUACGUGCCUCGUUCUAUCACGUCCUUUGUCUCUUCCACAACCACCCAUCCUCCAGUCCGCUGAGCUCAAGGGCAUACGACACGGGGGGCUCGCCAUCCUCCGUCCUCGCGCCGAAAGCGGACAAUGGACAAAAUCGUCCAUCAGGGAAGAAACGUCAGAACGACGGCACAGAGAGUGAAGAAGGUCCACGAAGAAAAGGCAAAGCACCUCUACGCGACCCCGUCCUCUCAAUGACCUCGGACGCAUCGUACGUCACCAAUCCAUACACAGGCACGCAAGGGCAAACUCCACCCCCCACGAUGCCGCCACCUCCCAUACCGACAGAAGCAAGACGCACUCCCGCGCUUCCACCAGGUCUAAAUCCAAUCAGCAUUCCCGCGAACGCAGCCUCGGCCUCCUUCCUCCUACCCGCCCUCGACUACGUCCCAAUCGCCAAAGAAUACUUCAACGCCGCGCAGUACCUAGCGACCAACCUCCUCUUCCCCGCUAAUCCGCUCCGCCUCUCCCUUUCCCUCGAACACGCCGCGUUCCUUCAAGACUGCAGCGACGAGCCCGACCGAGCGCGCCGACUAGCCAGAGCCGCAAUCAAAGACGUCUACGCCUCAUCGGAAGGACUGGACGACGAGGAGUUCGCAGACGCUUCCACGCUCGUGCAGUUGCUAGGUGGCGUGGUGCGCCGCAACAGC